AUGAGUAUUUUGCAGAAAGCAGCUCCUGCUCAACAAAUAACUGAGGGACGCGUCGAGGAAUGCUGCAGGGAAGUGACGGACCCGAAAAUUAAUGCGACUAGCAUUCCCACUCAGACAGCUGAGCAGUACUGCAGCGAGCUGCUGGAUCCUUCGAUUAGCCCCGGUAACAGUGCCACCACUGAAGCAGCUGUAAAAGCAGAGCGGCUGCAAGAACUGAAGCCGCCCGAGCAAAGUUUGGAAUCAUCGAAGUCAUCCAGUCGGAUUUCCUCAGCUGGCAAGCAUGCUGGCUCUCGAAUGAUUCGAUCUUGCUAUUACAACACUGAUUGUGAGGUUGUCGGUUACAUCAGUGGCGCGCAGGACGAAAAAUUGGUUGAUCUCACCGAAGAACUACAUGAACAAGAAGAGCCGUCUGCUGAUCGACGAAAUCUUCCACAGACACAGGAAGGCGAUGAAGGACAGAAGUCCGUCGUCAGGCGACGUAGAAGUGUUGCAGCAAUUUCAGUUGGAAAAUUUCUGCGCGGGAUACGCCUCAAAACUGAGGUUUUGUGCCGCAUCUGA